GCUGCUCUCGUCGCUCACCCAGCCUCGCUCGAACUGAGCCCAUUUAGUCCCAACCGUCCUUUUGCACAUCAUGGACGCUCGUCUUCGUCGCGUGAACAAGGAGAUCGCAGAUUGCAAGAAUGACAAGUCCUCCAACAUCACCAUCGAGCUCGUCGACAACUCGCCAUUCCAUCUGAUAGGCUCGUUCGAUGGACCCGAAGGUACUGCAUACGAAGGUGGCCACUUUCAAGUCGACAUCGUGAUCCCCGACUCGUACCCCUUCCAGCCUGUCAAAAUGAAGUUCAUCACCAAGGUCUACCAUCCGAACGUCUCCUCCGCAUCCGGCGCCAUUUGCCUUGACAUCCUCAAGGACGCGUGGAGCCCCGUCCUCACCCUCAAGUCCACGCUCAUAUCGUUGCAGUCUCUACUCUGCUCGCCUGAACCGCGCGAUCCGCAGGACGCAGAGGUUGCGAAGCACUUCAUGACGAGCAAGAGCAGUUUUGAAGAGACGGCGCGGUAUUGGACGAUGAUCUAUGCCGGUGGGCCUGGAAAGGAGGGUGCAGGGAAAGGCAAGGCGAGCGGCCAGAGGGACGAGGUGGCAAUGGCAGGAUUGGAGAAGGCGCACGUGGAUCGGUUCGAGGCUUUGGGAUUCAACAGAAGCAAAGUGAUCGACGUACUACGACGGCUUAACUAUCGUGGUGCAAACAUAGCACAAAUCAAUGACGAUCGGGUCGUGGAGGAGCUCCUCAAGCCCUGAUGUAUUGUUAUCAAUGAAUCAUGAACGAUUCUAGUGACAUUUUAGAUUUGCGCUCAUGCUGUUUCCGCUCGGACUGCUUGUUUUUUGGAUGUCACUUGAAGAGCUACAUACGAGGUUGUGACUUUCUUGGGUCUCUUUAUUUCAGACACUUGCCGUCACUGCAACUUGGAGUAUCGAGCGCAAAUUGCAUCGCCACCAGUAAGCUCGUCACUCGUCACAGUUCGAGACAUCAUCC